AUGGCGACGGAGAGUGCUCCUGCGCCGGGCAGGCCGAAGGCGCCGGGAUUCGCGGACUCGUUCUGGUCCUCAGACUAUGCAGGUGGUCUGGGGGUACUGUUCCAGAAACUCCAGCAAGGCGUCAUCGAGAAUAACCAGAUCCUGACAAUUGCAAGCAUGAGAGCAGAGGCGGAAGAGUUUUACAGUGAUCGGUUAGGAGAUAUUGCGCCUUCUGUGGAUCGGAUGACGGGUGGCUUCGCACGAGAUGACGGCGCAAGCGUUCGAAAGGCUUUCGAAGGGGUCCGAAGUGAGAUGGUAGAAGCCACCAAGAACCACAAGAAGAUCGCCGAUAACAUUCGCGAACUGGUAGUCAACCCUUUCUCCAGAUGGUGCGAUGCGCACGCAACGAGGAUAGCGAAUUCGCAGGAAGAUCUACAGUCCAAAAUCAAGGCACAUGACAGACAGGCGGACUUGGUCAAAAAGCUGCGGAGUCAGUACUUCAACAAAUGCAGGUUGGUGGAGGAUCUCGAAGAGGAGAACAAGUUGGCAUUUCAAGAUCGUGCAACCGGCAGUCCCAAACCACAGAGCCCGCCGCCACCGAAGAUAGUCCUUCCCGAAGACGAACUCGAUGAGAUCCCCGUUGAGAUUGGAGAUGAAACAUACUCGCCAGAUCGGCUGAAGACUUUGCUUACCGACAUGCUUGAGAAGAUCCCCCUUGGAGAAUUUAAGGUACCCAUACUGGGGGUCUAUCAGAAUGUAUCUGCCGGUACGGACAUCGUUGACUACAUCCAGAAGCACAUGAAAGCUUCAAGCGUGGGAUAUGCGGAAAAGAUUGGUCAAGACCUGGUAGAUCGUGGAUUCCUGCGGCUGAUUGGCAACAUGGGAAACACAUUCGCCAACAGUUCGCGAAUGAAGUAUCAGUGGAAGACAAGAGUGUUCCAGAUCACUGGGGUGCCGGAGAAGAAGAAGCCUCUCGGCAGGUCGAUAACGGGAUCAUCGCAAGACGGUAUCCUCGAAUCACCCACCAUCGGCAACAUCACGGAAGCCAUACAAGGAUGGAAUCCGUUAAACAACCCUCAUCCUAAUGAGACUCCGGCUGAGCGGCUAAAGCGUGAAGCAAAGGAAGCAGAUGAGAAGUACAAGGCGGCUGUACGCAAGCUCGAUCUACUACGAUGCAACCUGGAGGAGUCGAUGAUGGACCAUUUGAAGUUUCUUGAACGAUGCGAGACCGACAGGUUGAGAGCAAUCAAGUCGGUUAUCUUGGAUUUCUCGGGUGCUAUUAGCAAUAGCAUUCCUUCCUUCCAGAGUCAAGUCGACCAUAUGAUGCUCUACCAGGAGACAAUACAGCCAUUGGGAGACUUAAGGUACUUGCUUGAGAAUUACAGAACAGGAGCUUUUGUGCCAAAAGUGGUGCCAUAUGAGAACUACUAUGGCAGCGUUGAAGACCAAACAUUCGGCGUCGAUCUAGAAGCGAGAGCAAGGGCGGACAGGAAGAGGGUCCCAAUCAUUGUGACUUCGAUACUGACAUUUCUGGAUAGCCACUAUCCAGAUCUGGAGGGCGAUGAAGCACGGAGAAACGUUUGGCUGGUGGAUGUUCCGCUGGCAGCGACGCAUCAUCUAAGAAACCAGAUAAAUAAUGGUGCUCCAGUGCCCAGAGAGAUCCUCGAGAAGUACGAAGUACCCAUUGUCGCCAGUGUGCUCAAACUGUACCUCCUUGAAUUGCCUGAUUCACUUGUCUCAUCCCAAGUUUAUGACAUUAUCAAGACUAUAUACGCUACAACCUCCGAUGCCGCACCAAAUCCAAUCUCGACUGAUGCGGUGGACUCGGCACCGCGGAUCAAGGUUCUACAAUCCACACUCGGCCAGCUUCGUCUCAAUAAUAUCGCUACACUCGAUGCUCUUGCCACACAUUUCACACGACUAAUUGACCUCACUUCUGCUGACGAAGCCUACGUUACCGCCCUUGCUCAAUCCCUGGCUCCUUGUAUACUUCGUCCAAGAACUGAGAGUUCGCUUACCUUGGAAGAACGACAUGCGUAUCGCCUAAUUCGAGACUUGUUCGACCACAAAGAAGCCAUCUUUGGCGAACUCAAGCGCCAAUCUUCUACAAGUAUGUCAACCCGCCAAAGAGUCGUCAGCACGAACGAUGAGCGAUCAAGAAGAGCAAAUAUGGAAGAGCGAGCACGGGCCAUCACUGAACAACGACAACGAGACAAGAGCCCUGGCCCCGCGAAUCGCCAUAGACGGGACAAGAGUACCGAUGGCAGCCUUGGACGUUUUCCCGUCGUUGCUAGCCCAAGGCCUGAUCAUGGACGAAGUGUAAGCGGCAUCGGUCUACCCUCGAAACGGGCAAGCCUAGAGGUUCCUGGUAGUAAUGAGAGCUCGCCGGUUCAAGCUCGAACCCAGAAUCAGUCCGCGGUGGAUAGGAACUCAGUGUCCAUUGCCCAACCGAACGCAGGCAUAAACGGUCAGGGCCGCAAACCGGAAGAAGCAUCACCAGAUAUCUUGAAUUUGCCGAGCACAUUUUCAGGUGGCGGCCCGGGACCGCACAUUCCGCCGCCGUUAGAUGAUGACAGCCAGGACUCGGAUUCCGGGCCCCAGCCAACGCCGAAAGAUGCAGAUGGAGGGUCAAGGGUAGGUAGCCUGAAAAGAACUGCCGGGGGCAGUGGACGAAAACCAGUCGGAGGAGGAGGAAGUCUGAGUAGACGGAGCUACCAGGCCUAUGAGGGUCAUCCAGGCCAAAAUCAGAGCCAGGGAGUCCAAUUGACGGACAGGCCCAUGGACGACUUCUCAUGA